CACCCAACCAGGACCCACGGCUGAAAAAAACACUACUGAAACUGCCUCGAUUUGAAAAAUUUCACCUUACUGAGGAUUAAAUCAGCCAAAAUGGGGAACGUACCAUCAGAACACAGCAUGGGCAACAGCCUGAGAUGUUGCAUUUGUUCUAGAGUUCUACCUCCAUGCCGCAGCUUCAAUGAUUAUUCCCGAGCGACUGUUCAUGGUCAGGAGGUUUACGUGUUCAAUGGAGGUGAAUACUUCAGACAUGUUGGCCACAAUAGUAUCUACAAGUGUGAAUACUGCUUUCACAAGGAAGUCAGGGAUCGAGAGGAAAUGAGAAGAGAAGAGGAGAGGAGAAGAGAAGAAGAGCAAAGGAGGAGAGAAGAAGAAAUGAGAAGAGAAGAAGAGCAAAGGAGGAGAGAGGAGGAAAUGAUAAGACAAGAGGAGCAAAGGAGGAGACAAGAGGAGCAAAGGACGAGACAAGAGCAAAUGAGAAGAGAAGAGGAGCAAAGGAGGAGAGAAGAGCAAAUGAGAAGACAAGAGGAGCAAAGGAGGAGACAAGAGGAGCAAAGGACGAGACAAGAGCAAAUGAGAAGAGAAGAGGAGCAAAGGAGGAGACAAGAGGAGCAAAAGAGAAGAGAAGAGCAAAUGAGAAGACAAGAGGAGCAAAGGAGAAGACAAGAGGAGCAAAAGAGGAGAGAAGAGGAAAUGAGAAAACAAGAGGAGCAAAGGAGAAGACAAGAGGAGCAAAGGAGAAGACAAGAGGAGCAAAUGAGAAGACAAGAGGAGCAAAGGAGGAGAGAAGAGGAAAUGAGAAGAGAAGAGGAGCAAAAGAGGAGAGAAGAGGAAAUGAGAAGACAAGAGGAGCAAAGGAGAAGACAAGAGGAACAAAAGAGGAGAGAAGAGGAAAUGAGAAGACAAGAGGAGCAAAGGAGAAGACAAGAGGAGCAAAAGAGAAGACAAGCGGAGCAAAGGAGGAGAGAAGAGGAAAUGAGAAGAGAAGAGGAGCAAAAGAGGAGACAAGAGGAGCAAAGGAGAAGACAAGAGGAGCAAAUGAGAAGAGAAGAGGAAAGGAGAAGACAAGAGGAGCAAAUGAGAAGACAAGAGGAGCAAAGGAGGAGAGAAGAGGAAAUGAGAAGACAAGAGGAGCAAAAGAGGAGAGAAGAGGAAAUGAGAAGAGAAGAGGAGAGGAAAAGAGAAGAAGAGCAUAGGAGGAGAGAAGAGGAAAUGAGAAGAGAAGAGGAAAGAAAAAGAGAAGAGCUUAAUCAAAGAUUACAAAAAUCAAGGAACCAAGCUGAAAAGCAGCACGAAAAACAAAUUACCGACACCAUUUUACAGGAGUCGAAGAAAAAAGUUCUGAAAGGACAUUUGGAUGAAUUUGAGGCCGAGUCAGAUAAGAGCAGUGAUGAUUUUCUAGCAAUCCUCUCUUUGAAAUGUGACAUUGAGGUUUCAGAUCUGAGUCUCCCUGAACUGACAGCUGAUCAGCUGGGGAAGAUCCUCCCAGCUCUGGACAAACUGCUCUUCAGUGAAUGGAUUAUUGAUCCACCGUCUCUCAGCACUCUGCAGCACACCCAGGUCUACGUCACCGAGCUGAGCGCUCUGUCUCUGGAAACUUCUCAGGGAGUUGUCCUACAAGUCAUCUCUGACCACGUGCACUUCCUGGUGGGGUCUAUUGACAAAUCAGCAUCCAAUUAUUCUGAAAGUUUGACACUGACUCAAGCCCUAUAUCUCACCUUGAUACACUUCUUGGAUGAGACUGGGGAGUGUAAUGCUGAUGCCGUCCUCAUCGCUAAACGAUGGAUGGGAGACGAGCUCUCCACUGAGAAGAUCUUUGUUGUUGAGUUCCUGAGCGUCCUCACAUCGUCACUGCAGACGGCAGUUGAACGGAGCUCUGUGUUUAUUACAAAGAUGGAAGUAGAAUGCUUGAAACUUCUUUUAUCAGAGCUCACAGAUUCAAUCCAAACCCACUCUGAAACCACAAAAAUUAUCCUAACACUUGUAGAAAAAAACCAAUGGUCUCCAACUGAAGCACUUAAUCUGCUCAAAGAACUGUCACAGAAAUGUGCACAAGGCGAUUCAGUGGUUAAAGUCUUGACAUUGAUACAAGUGAAUGACGUAUCUCCAGACUGGACGGAUGAACACGGGCACUCUCUCACACAGGUCCUUGGUAAUAUGGACAUCCAGGAUUUCCAAAAGAUUCUCAGAAGGAAAGAUGAGCACAGUCUACUUUCAGCUGUGGCAGAGUUAAAAAUGUCACAGAAUUUGGAUGAUGAUGAAAUUAGUUUCAUUAAGAACAUCACCACUGGUGUUGUAAAACAUUUAGAAAAUGUACCAACAAAUUCUCCAUCUUCAAGAUAUUCCUUAAAGGAUGGAGCCUUGAAUGAAGAUAACAUACAGAACUGUCUCUCUCUUCUCUGUAAAGCAGUUUUUGACACAAAAGGCUGGUGGCCUACAGUGAAACACAUGGUGCACUGGUGUGUACUGGUGAUAAAAAAGAAGACUGGAGCACCACAACUGGUUGGAAUAGAAGAAGACCCAUGUGUCAUAGCAAUGUUUGCAGCCGCAUGUGUCUACAUGGGAAACAAAGUGGACAUUGUUCUGAGCUCUGUUGAUCACUCAAAAGAGCAAUCUGAGGAGUGGUCGGCCUUCUACAACAACCUUGGAAUUUCUCUAAACACAAACAUGAAGACAGACGCAUCACUCAGAGAUGUCUAUGGAGCAGACAUUGUCUAUGGUAUACUGGAUGACUUCGUUUCUGAUUACUUUCAGCAUGGCAAAGACGUGAUGGAAAAUAGACAACCUCAGCUAAUUCGAGGUUUCAUCAUUGAUGCAAAAAGCUUAAGUUCUUUGGAAAAACUGGAUCUGUCAAAGCUCAAACAGAAUGAAUCUGAAGUUGUUGCUGCAGAAGUAAUGGAGACUCUCGUACACAAGUUCCAAAGUGAAGAAAUGGGAUUGAAAUGCAGAUUUAUCAAGGGUCUUUUUCAGGGUCUCCACACAAAUCUAAUCGAUACAAACACCAAGAGUGAGUUCAUCCAAGUCUUUAAUAAAAUUACUGGAAAGCCAUUGCUUUCCAAUCAGAUCUUCGUUUUGACCAUUGUUGAGAAUCUCCUCAAAGUUCUUACAAAUGAAUCAGUAGAUGGGAAAAUCAUGACAUCUGCUGCAAAUCGAUGGUGUUUGGAUGUCUUGUUCCCCUGUGCAGAGCAAUUCCAAGGCUCAAAGGAAGAAGCAAAAGAAGUCUUUCAAAUGGCUUCCACUCUUGGCGUGCCAUCACUUUGGCCACCAACAGAGAUCUUGAGCCUCCUUGGAGCAUUAGCUCACCACCAUCAUGAUGAAGACUGCAUUUCCAUCAUGAAAGUUUUACAUCUGAUGACAACAUACCAGGUUUCAUCCAAGUGGACAGACGAGAGAAACAGAUCUCUCCUCGAGCUCAUAGAUUCACAUACAACUGAGAAUCUCAUUCAACAUUUAGAAAAGAGCUUUGCAGAUGAAAAAUGCAAAAGUGUUGACAUGCUCUUUAAUGAAAUACGUCAGAUGAAAGACAUAGAUGAACAGACUCUGAGUAAAUCUGAGACUGUAGUAACGUAUGUAACAAACCUCAUCAAAAGUGGUGAUAUUGACAAACACAAAGAUGUACAGCGAGCAAAGUCUCUGGGUCACAGUCUGGAAACAGAAGACCUUCAAGAAGUCCUGGCAGUUUUAUGCAAUGCUGUUCACCUACACAUAGCUAAAGGGAAGUGGUUUCCUAGGGCUACCCAGAUGAUGAGCUGGUGCCUCUUGGCCUUAUCUGAUAAUGGGAAACUCUUGGAAAUGGGAACUGGAGAAGGAAAGUCUUGUGUCAUAGCCAUGUUUGCAGUGCUGCGUGUGCUGAGAGGUGAAAAAGUAGAUGUGGUUUCCAGCUCUUCAGUCUUAUGUCAAAGAGAUGCAGAAGAAUGGAGUGAGUUCUACAACUACUUUAACAUUACUGUUGACACAAACACAAACAAGACAGAAGAUGAGGAUCGAAAAGAAUGCUACCAGAAGGAUGUGGUCUAUGGAACCAUUGAUGCCUUCGCUGCAGAUCACCUUCGCCAGAUAUUUGAGAUGAAGGAUGUGAGACCUGAUCGCAGCUAUCAGUGCGUUAUAAUUGAUGAAGUGGAUUCCCUUCUGCUGGAUCAGGGAGUGCAGCUGACCUACCUGUCCAGCCCCAUGGUCUCCAUGGAGCACCUGAACACCAUCCUCGCCAUGAUCUGGGGCCACGUUUCUCAGUACGGCUUUCUGUCCUCAGGACAUAGGACCUUUGUCCAGGGUCCUCCAGCCUCAUUCUUCAAGGCCGUCUUUGACUCAAUCAACACAGAAGAAACUGGAAUCGAUGACCCAAUGGACAUUUUAAAUAUUGCUGAACAAACCAACACUGUGCCAAUGGGGUUUACAGAGGCGAUCUUCAAAAGUGAGAAGAACCUUCCUGACCAACUCAAAACUGUGAGUCAGGAUGCCAUGGUUGAAUUUUUUGAAGAAUUGGAGGACUAUAUCCCUUACGGGUUUACCAUUUACACUCCAGACGAUAAGGGAUUGCUCUGUCUCAGAAAGGUUAGCCCGUACAACAAACACCAAAUCCCAGAGCUGACGUUUCUUGUCUUGGAGGAAGGCUUGUGUUGUCCUCUCUAUGACUCAGAAGAAAGUCUUAUCAGGCCAAUUGCAGACUUUAUCACAGAGAAGAUUCAGUACACCCCGUGUACAAACAACAAAUACAAAAUCAGCAUCCCCGGAUUCUUGAAAAGUCUGAUUGAAAGCAAAGUGUCAGCGUGGGUUCAGAAUGGCUUUCUGGCGAUGCAGCUGAGGGAAGGACGGGACUAUGUUGUUGAAAACAACAAUGUCUGUCCUGUGGACUUCAGAUCCACUGGUAUUGUAGAACUGAAUAAGAAAUGGGGCGAUGGCCUGCAACAGUUUGUUGAGAUUAAACACCAAAUCAAAUUGAGCACAAUUUCAACAGUUACAAACUAUAUUUCUAACAUCUCCCUUUUUAAGAAGUACGAGGGAAAGAUAUAUGGAACAACAGGAACACUUGGCGGCAAAACAGAUAUUCUGUUUUUGCAGGACUUAUAUCCAAACCUGUCUGCCUGCAAAAUGCCAACUUUCAACAGGAAGUUGUUGUUUGAGGUCAAAGGUACACUGAAGAAAUCUGAAGAGUGGAAAUCUGAAAUAAAACGUACAGUCAUGGCUCAGAUCUCGCCAAAUUCCUACAGGGGUGGAAGAGCAGCCCUGGUAAUCUGUGAAACCAUCAACAAAGCCAACGAGAUCUACGAAGACCUGAAAAGCAAUGUCCCAGGUGAAAUAAUUCUCUACUGCCGCAGUGACAAAGACAGUUUGAGCAAAAUGGAAAAGGAACUUUUUCCUGGAGACGUCAUUGUUGCCACAAACCUGGCUGGGCGUGGCACAGACAUUAAAGUGUCCAAACAGGUGAACAAUAACGGGGGACUCUUUGUGAUUCUCUCCUUCCUUUCAGAGAACCAAAGAGUGGAACUUCAGGCUUUUGGUCGAACAGCACGGAAAGGCAAACCUGGAUCUGCACAGAUUAUCACUAUCACUGAAAAUCUUCAGCAAGAUUUCAGUAUGGUGACAUCUCUAAAAGAAGUGAAGAGAAACAGGGACAAAUGUGCAGUGGAAAAGAUAAAUAGCAUGAUGGAUGAUGUCACAGAGAUGAAUCUGAGAGAGGAACUGUUUUCAGAGUACUGUGAAACACUUCAACAGAUUUACAGAGACACAGCUGGAGAUGAAAAAAGAGCUGUUGUGGCCGUCAUGAAUGAGUUCUGGGGGAUCUGGCUGCAAAUUCAUUCAGAAGACAUUGAACAGUUGAAGAGAGAUGAACUGCAACUGAGACUGAAAGAUGACGUGUCAAAGGCAAAAAGUCAGUCUGAAAAUCAGACUUCACCUUCUUCUAGCAUUUAUCAUUACAUCAAGUUUGGAAAUAUAGCACUAGAUAAAAAACAAUGGGACGUCAGCACCAAGCUCUUUGAAAAAGCCAUGAAUCAAGAUGAAAGCUGGGCAUCCAUUGCUUUUUACAAUCAUGCAUACUGCACAAUAAUGCAGAGGAAUCCAGAUUAUCUCACUAAUGCAAUAACAGAUUUGAGAAAAGCUAAAGAUUCUCUAGAAUAUCUCAUUGAAGAAAGCUUGAUCUGUUUGCAGUUUGUGAAAAUGUCCACUGCAACCUCAACCAACAAUGACCCAACCAGCCUUGAAAAGCAAUUCACAACCAAGUGCAACAUGUACAAGUCAUUUGAUGAGAACAUCACUGAGGCCAUCAAAAAGCUGGAGGAAAUUCGUGACAAGGAAAAGGAUGCAUUGGCCAAAAAAUCACCAGUCUUCUCCCUGGUUUCAAGUGCUGAUGAAGAACUCCAAGCUGAAGCUUACAACCUCUACAAUAAAGGUAUGAAAUAUAUAUUUGCUGUCGAAGAAGAGCCCACAUUAUGGGGUGCUCUGGUGGUGCUCUUUCUUGGAAUUCUUCAGAUUGUUGCUGGAGUAUUGCUCACAGUGUUUACAUUUGGUACUCUGGCUAAGGUUGGCAUGGGACUCAUCACUGAAGGCGUAUCAGACUGUAUCUACGGCAUAGAGGCCCUUGUGACAGGAGAGUUCAGCUGGAAGUCAUGGGCUAUAGAGAAAGCCAUUUCAAUCGGUAUAUCACUUAUUUCCUUUGGAGUUGGUAAGUUGAUAAAGUUGGUAAAACAGGGCUUCAAAGCUUUCAAAAUGGCACUAAAAGGUUUAGGGAAAAAGCUGAAGGCUUUGCCAAAGUUUCUCUCCAAGCAGGCUAAAGCAAGCUUCAGUCAGGUCACAAAAACAAGCAUGAAGAAUGCAAUAAAAAGCAGUUCCAAACACAUUGUGAAGGAAGUCAUUUUUAAAGGACUUGAGAAGGCACAAGACGCACUACUGAAGGAAAUACUUGAAAGAAUCAAAACAGAUUUGUCAAAGAGAAUUGUUGAACAAGUGAAAACUAACAUAGACAACAACCCCUUGAACACAUUGGUAGACUCUAUUAUCCUCUCACACCUCGAACAUAAGGAACAACUCAACGAUCUAUUGAAGGACAAGGACAGAAGGAGUGACCUGCUGUUUAUUUUCAAACGGUACAGCAAAACUGCUCUACAACCAUUUAAGGCUGACCUGGACUGGCAGAACAAGCUCAACUCAUCCAUAAUCAAAAUAAUGGACGCAGCUAGAGCUCAUACUACAGGAAAAGCACAUACAAUUCUAACCAUCAUCAAAACUGUCCACUACGGGAUCCUGGCAGCAGAUGCCACUGCUGCAGUACUCACUCUGUCCGACAAGUUUUUCUUAAAACUUAAGGAGGAGCUGAAUUCUUUUAAAAAAGAACGCUCUAUGACAGAGAAAGUUGAGAUAAAUGACCUGUCAUCUUCAGAACUUGAGAUGCUGAGAGAAUUCAAGCAGGAGUUGGCCGGCACCAUCAGUGAAUUACUGGCUGAUGCUUUAGUGGAAGUGUCCCAUCAGAAGUUCUUCAGUCACAUUGUCUCUUCUGUUCAAGGUAAAGUGAAUGACGCCAUAAGGGAAAAAGCAGAAUCUGGCUUUAACAAAGUAAAGGAUAAAUUCAGAGAUCACCAGAAACAAAAAGCAGCAAAAGCAAGUAAACUCUCAAGAUCACAUGCAGAGAAAGUCAAAAAUCCUAAGACAAGGGGUGCAAUUCUUGAUGUCCAAUUCCUGUCAGAGGUCACUGGAACUAAAGCUGUCAUACUAACACAGGACAGACGUGGCAAACUUACUAAAAUGCAAGUGAUGAACCCGACCAAUAAACCUGCCAGUCAAACUGUCACACUGAUCUACACACCAAAGAGUGCCCAAUAUCCCGAUGGCCGUUAUGAUGCGUUAAUCAAUAACACGGUCAUAUUCACAGACGGCAAGACCUCACUGUUUCAUGCUUUUGCACAAGGCAUUAAACCAAACGCUGGUCAACAUGAGGUCACAUUGGAAGCAAACCGGCUCAGGUCCAUGGAGGCUGCUGAUCUGCUCAGAAACCCCGGCCAAUGGGAGGGUUUAAUCAAGCGCUCAGAGUGGACUCAAAGAGUCAGAGGUGGAAACUGGUACAUGGCAGAGGGAGCUGAACCAAACAGGAUCAUCAAAGACAGCAAAACAGUAACCAUACCAGGGGUUUGGAAAGUGAAACAAUACAAGGAAUGGCAAAAACAUGCAACCCAAAAUCCAGAAAUUGGAAAAAUCCUGAAUACGGACCGUCAGCCACCAGUCCGUAGUAUGCUGGAAGCUAAAAACAUGAACCUGAGUGGAAAACUAGCACAGGCUAUGCUUAAAGAGAGAGCAAAGUCUUCUCCUCUGGAUCCCAACCUGAUAACGGAUGUGCAGAAAUAUCGUGGCCAUGAAUUUCCAGCUGUUUAUGGGCCUAAAAAGGCACACAGUCCGUUUGCAGAUUCAAAAUAUGAAGACUUUAGAUCAAACUUGGCUAGGACCAUGAGUAAAGAUGAUGUUGAGGGAACCUUCAAACUGACGAUCCUCGGUGCGAUGAUGAGACAGCUGGACGGCGGCAGCAGCUCCAACAUCCUGCAGAUGAAGAGGAAGAAUACGAGCAGGCUGGCCAUGUUUGAUCACAGUUUUCAGGAACAAAGUCUGAAGUUGGUGGACGGAUGGUUCAGCCGGCUGCAGGGGUCAGGGGUCAUGACGGUCGACCAUCACCUCACCAUGACGACCUGGAUCAAAAGAAAGGGCUACAGGGACCAAAAUGAUCCACACACGGUCCAAAUCACCAACUUCCUGCAGUGAAAAGUUGUGACCAUGUGAGGAGAAACAACCGCAGGGUCGUGGACCUUCCUGGCGGUCGUAACGAGGCCUCUCUGGAUUGGUGUCCAAAACACUUCAUUUUCUAUCUGUUUUCGAUUGAAAUUAAUUUUAAGUUGUACUUACUGUUGAUGGGCUCAUUGCAGUAAACUAAAGUCAAAAGUUAAAGACCAGCAGCAAGUACUUUUUCCAAAACAGAAGUAGACACAACCAGUUUUUAGAAACCACUUUGCCCUGUGGGUCGCAUUAAUAACUAGAAAAUUUCUGGAAAUUUUGAUAUGGGCAUGCCCUACCGCCCAUUCGUCCCCUCUUGCUGCUUUGGUUUGGGGCUGUAGUGGUUGUGUUUAGGGUGGUUCUAUGUCAGUUUGAGGUGUUUUUACGCUUGUAUUUCAUUCAUUCCUGUGCUCCCAAUAGUUAUUAAUGGGGCGCGCUUUUUGGCAUCUAGCGUUGCCACGGUAACGCUUUUGACUGAGAAAAGUAAUGCCCAUCGAGGCAAGAUGGAGACGCAUCUAACGAUGUAUGCCGUGCAUGGGUGCACGUUCCGGUUCAGGCUACGUUAACGGAUAGGUUUUUUUUUUCACCAUGGUACAAAACCCCAUCCGAAUGAAUGGGGCCAUUUGGCCUGGAUUUUGACAUAAAAUUUCCUUAAAUCCCAGCUUCAUAAAAUUUGAGUAUGUUGAAUUCCACAGCGUGCCGAGUCAGGGGACAUUUGUACGAUGUCUCUACGAUAACCUGUUGCCUGGCAACAAGCGUCCAAAUUCAAACAGAAAUAAAAAAAAAAAUGAAAGGUCAAUAUCGCAAAAACUGUAGUAAUUAGCAUAAUGAGGUUGUAGGGGCCGUUACUGCCAAUCGGGCCGAGUGUUUGAAAGUUACAACCAUGUCUCUACGAUAAAGUUCGGCCGAGCAAUAAGCGUCCGAAUUUUCGCCUUUUUUUUUGCUUUUUGGCAUCUAGCGUUGCCACGGUAACACUUUUUACUGAGAAAAGUAAUGCCCAUCGAGGAACCAUGGAGACGCAUCCAACGAUGUAUGCCAUGUAUGGGUGCAUGUUCCGGUUCAGGCUAUGUUAACGGAUAGGUUUAUUUUUCACCAUGGUAAAAAACUCCAUCCGAAUGAAUGGGGCCAUGUGGCCUGGAUUUUGACAUAAAAUUUCCUUAAAUCCCAGCUUCAUGAAAUUUGAGUAUGUUGAAGUCCACAGCGUGCCGAGUCGGGAAACAUUUGUACGAUGUCUCUACGAUAACCUGUUGCCUAGCAACAAGCGUCCAAAUUCAAAUGGAAAAAAAAAAAAAAAAGAAAGGUCAAUAUCACAAAAACUGUAAUACUUGGCAUAAUGAGCUUGUACGUACCUUUAGGGACAAUCAGGCCGAGUGUUUGAAAGUUUGAACGAUGUCUCUACGACAAAGUUCGGUCGAGCAAUAAGCGUGGGAAUUUUCGCCUUUUUUUUUGCUUUUUGGCAACUAGCGUUGCCACGGUAACCCCUAUUACGGAGAAAAGUAAUGCCCAUCGAGGCAUGAUGGAGACGCAUCCAACGAUGUAUGCCAUGCAUGGGUGCACGUUCCGGUUCGGGCCGCAUUAACGGACGAAAAAAAGUGCGGAAUAAGAAUAAUAAUAAAAAGAAAAGGGAAACCUUUUCUAGAUACUAAUAUAUCGCCUUCAUUUUCAUGUUUUUCCUCGUUUUUCCGGCCGUGUUUUAGUUUUUGGGGAUUUUUUUUUUCCACAUCAGAGCGGGGUCAUGCUGUACACCCGCUGGUGCGCAGUGGGACUUUUGCGACUUUAGCUUGUUAGCAAAAUGCUAGCAACAUUGCCCUUUGGGCCAUUCUGGACGAUUGCAAUAUGGUCAUGCCAUUACUUGGCAUGCCCAUAAUAACACACAUUUUAUGUGGAAAUAGAAACCUUACUGUAGAUAAUGUUACCACAUCGUCGGUAAAGUAAAUCAUCAUCAUUCAUUAUGAUGAAAGAAAUCUUACCACAUGUUGAUGCAAUUUUAUGGAAGCUUUGAAUUAAAACUUAUUUUUUAUGCUUGUACAUGAAUCCUGACCAGACGCUCAAAAGGAAAAACUGGUGUUUUUUCUAAUGAUGACAUAGUUAGUGAUCCAGUACCAGUUUUCUAGUUUGCGUGAAUAAGAAUAAUAAUUUUUAAAGUCACAGUAUUUGAUAUUGAUAGAAUUAUAUAAGAGAAUGUUUCAGUUCAGUGUUGGACUCUGAUACGAGCUCCUACUCAUGCUGGCACUGAGGAAUUAUUGUAAUUGGGGUUGUGUUCCCUCAGCUUUUUUUUUUGUCAUAGUAACAAAUUGCUAUAGCGUGGUAGAAAAUCAAUCGUUUCAAGAACUUCUCUUCGCAUUCAAAAUAGACAUUUUACUUACCUGGAAUGUUUAAAGCCAUAUUAUGUAGAAAUAACACACUGACAUCAUGUAACAAUAAAGUUUAUGUCAGCUUCAUCACCAACAACAGUGCACUUAUUGUGGGACAAAAUGAUAUUACAAAAUGUGGCAGAUCGGCCUCAUUCAUUAUCAUUAUUAUUCUUCUUCUUAUUAUUAUUAUUAUUCUUAUUAUUAUUAUUAAUAAUAAUAAUAAUAAUAAUAAUAAUAAUAAUAAUAUUAUUAUUAUUAUUAUUAUUAUUAUUAUUCUUAUUAUUAUUAGUAGUAGUAGUAGUAGUAUUAUUAUUAUUAUUAUUAUCAUUAGCUCAGUAUCGUCGGUUGGUCUUUCUUCAACAACGUAGACCCAUUGGUUCCCCAUGUGGUCAGAAGUGGUAUUACUACAAAAACGGGUUUAUCAGCUUGUUAGUCAUUUGCUGUAAUCAUAUUAUGUUAAUUGUCUUCUGGAAAUAAUGGUGUGUUGGAAAAAGGGGAUUUUCAUCCAUUUAAUGGAAACGUAUCAAUAUAUGAUAAGCUUGUCAGAUUUUUUUUCGUCUAAUGUAUCUUCUUUAAUUAUUAUCCUACAACAAUUAAAUCCCUUCUACAUUGUACUACAUUUCCUAAACGGUUUUACAUGUUGAUUUUGCAUAGUAAUAAGACAUAACUGAAUUUACAUAAAAUGUAAUAGUUUUAAGGCUUCUCUUGGGGAACAGACAGGAGGGGGAUCGUCGACUCAGUUAAUCAUUGUUUUCUCUGUAACAACUGCAAAGCAUUUGUUUGGUGAUGGGUAAUUUUCAAAUGAAUAAAUAUAUUCACUUUCA